AUGGCGAAAAACUUCAAUAUCCUCGUCCUACCUGGCGAUGGCAUCGGCCCCGAGGUCAUGGCCGAAGCCGUUAAGGUUCUCAAGGUCUUUGAGACCCCCCAACGCAAGUUUGAAUUGCGCCAGGAGUUGAUUGGUGGUUGCAGUAUUGAUGCCCAUGGCAAGUCUGUGACCGAAGAAGUCAAGCAGGCAGCUCUAGACUCAGAUGCAGUGCUCUUCGCCGCUGUUGGAGGUCCGAAAUGGGACAACCAACGUCGUGGUCUUGAUGGGCCUGAGGGAGGCCUACUCCAACUGCGCAAGGCCAUGGAUAUCUAUGCAAACCUACGCCCGUGCUCAUCUACCUCGCCCAGCGCCUCCAUCGCCAAGGAGUUCAGCCCAUUCAAGCACGAUGUUAUCGAAGGGGUUGAUUUUGUUGUUGUACGGGAGAACUGUGGAGGUGCCUAUUUUGGCCGCAAGGUCGAAGAAGAAACAUACGCAAUGGACGAAUGGGGCUACUCCGAAGCCGAGAUCCAACGAGUUACCCGUCUAUCCGCUGAGGUGGCACUGCGACACAAUCCCCCUUGGCCUUUGAUCUCACUAGACAAGGCAAAUGUACUAGCUUCUUCGCGACUCUGGCGCCGGGUAGUGGACAAGACCAUGGCAGCUGAAUACCCGCAAGUGAAAUUGGUACACCAGCUGGCAGACUCCGCAUCACUGAUCCUAGCAACGAACCCGCGGUCCUUAAAUGGCGUUAUCCUGGCUGACAACACCUUUGGCGACAUGAUCUCCGACCAAGCUGGGUCUAUUGUGGGUACGUUGGGUGUGUUGCCAAGUGCCAGUCUCAACGGUCUGCCUGGUGAUAAGACGUUGAAGACACGACCUUACGGGCUGUAUGAGCCCACACACGGAUCUGCUCCGACAAUUGCGGGACAAAACAUUGCCAAUCCAGUUGCAAUGAUCCUCUGCGUUGCGCUUAUGUUCCGAUACUCUUUAGGCAUGGAAGAUGAGGCUCGACGUGUAGAGGAUGCGGUGCGCAAGGUGCUGGACUCAGGGAUUCGGACGCCUGACCUUGGGGGUAAGGCUGGGACUAGAGAAGUUGGCGAUGCAAUUGUAUCUGCACUAUAG